CGUCGCGAUACAGAGAACUACGUGUGGCCGUACGUACAACAGCUGUGCAUCGAUACCGCCCCGUGAAUUCGACACGCGUUCGGUCGGGCGCAACGUGCCAUGUGCGUUUGAUCGUAAGGUCGACGCGACAGUUCGAUGCGAUUCCACGUGAUUCCGGGGAACACGAGGCGUGCCGGAGGACAGUCAGGACGAAUCCCGGAAGACGAGUUAUGAGGAGUUGUUUCUCGCGGGGAGCAAGUCGAGUCACUUUGAACCGCGAAUGACACGUUUGCUUUGAAGAUGCGAUCACCAGCUGGGUACGAUGUUUCCAUGGCGAUACUACUGCUGUUGCUCCUGGGCGUCCUCACACCUGGCCUGCACUGUCUGGAAGUGAUAUACGCGAUAAACGCGGGUGGCGACGCGCACACGGACAGCUACGGGAUACGCUAUGUCAGGGACCCUCUGAUGGGCAAGGUCGGCACGGCGUCUGAUUACGGUAAGCAGCUGCUCAUAGGCCGCAUCAACAACAUGGAUCAAAUUCUCUAUCAAACGGAGCGCUAUCAUCAGAACACCUUCGGCUAUGACAUACCGAUCAGCCAGGACGGUGACUACGUCAUGAUACUUAAGUUCUGCGAGGUUUACUUCAACUCGCCAAAUAUGAAGGUCUUUGACGUCGUGCUGAACGGAGAUCAUACUGUGGUCACUGAUCUGGACAUCUUUGAGAGAGUUGGCCGAGGUGUCGCGCAUGAUGAAUACGUCCCAUUCAGAAUACAGGGCGGGAAAGUGAUAUAUAAUGAUGAAGAAUCGGAUAUCCUGGCAGGAAAGAUAAGGGUAGAAUUUAUAAAGGGUUAUAGGGACAAUCCGAAAAUAAAUGCCAUAGCCGUUAUAAAAGGAACUUUAGAAGACAUACCGCAAUUGGGACCGAUACCGCAAGAUCCAGAGGAGUAUCAUAGUAUGCAAGAAGAGGAAGAGGAAACCACUGUGCGUAGCCGACAUACGAGUGGUCCGAGAACACCCGACCCGUAUUCGGUAGAUGAUUCGUCUGUGAUGUUGCCCGUUUUCAUUGCCAUCGGCGCUUUCAUCCCUGUAUUGUUCUGUCUAUGUAAAUUAUAAGCAAACUACAUGAUGCGCACACACGUGCAUAGAAUAUGCCUUGUACUUAACGGUAACAGUGUUCCCGAUUGUUUAGAUCCCUCGCUCAAUCCACACGAGAGGAGAUCUGAAUUUGUAAAUAGAUAAUCAGUACGUCUUUUUUCCUUUCUUUACGUUGUCAAGUUUUAGCGAAAUUUGAAAUAUUUAUUAUUAAUUUAUAGAUCCAGAUGUGUAUAUGUGUAGAAUGCCCUGGCUUUCCGCAUUUCUAUUUAUCCAUGUGAGUUUUUCAGAAUUUUUGACUGCAUGCUGUUUUUCAAGUACAAAUUAAUAUUACGACUUUUAUAAUUUUAUAUAACAGUUUAUUUCAAAUACUUGUUUAAUAUAUAAAUGCAGAUAAAAAAACAUGUAUAAAUCCAGAAUGAAAUUAAGUAUAAUUUUUGAAUUUGAAACAAUUUGAAGAGAAAUAUGAGAUAUUUAAAAAUCUCUGACUUUAAUUAUCAACGAUAGAGUUAAAUAUAUACAGUAACAGGUAAUUUUUCUUUGGUGAGAAUUAUAAUAUUAAAAUUAAAAAAAAUUAUUUAUAACAAAUUUGUAAGACUUCGUGUAACUAGAUCUCUUAAAUAUUUUAAUAAUAUGUUAAUAAUUUCACAUAUAAAUGUGACAUGCCACAAAAAUAGACUGAUUGAAAUAAGAGAACUGUCGUUUUAUUGCAACAGCGAAAAUUACAUUUGCAAAUAUAACUUUUUCGAUAUUACAACUAUAUCCGUUGUAACAGUUUAGUUAGAUAUUGAUUAGUUAGUCCUAAGUUAUUCAAAGCGUUUAUUGCUAAAAUUUCAGCUGCGGCAAUCUGCAUAUGUAUGUAUAUUGUACGCAACACCGUAGAUCUAGUUAAAACUUGACACAUGAAACUUCCAUAAGAGGCGCGGCGACUUGUAUUUAUAACAAAAUCUUUCUUAUGUUCUGCGCGUUAUGAAACAUAUUUUUACUUCGUCGUAUGUCGUAAAACAUCUUGUACAUGUCUCAUUAUACUUCUUACACAACGUCCACAGAGUUUUAAACGUGCCAGAUGAAUCACAUAAUUUUACUGAGAGCUUAAUUUAGAACCGUUACUAAAGCGGAUUUCAACGAUUACGCAGACGACAGUCCGACAGUCCAUAAAAUACCAAAGUAAUAUCGAUCUUUUGCACAUCGGAAUAAAACUGUUAUUACAUAAAAUGA